AUUUUCCGCCGCAAGUCGAAAGCAGUCGAAAGUUUUACCCGCCAAAAUAUAACUUGCCAGUUGUAUCAUGACGAUUAUAAGUAUCGCAUUGGUAUCUUCAAAGCUCGUGAUCUCAUAAUUCAAAUCAACAGGACGAGUGAUGUGUCUUUAUCAAUUUAAUACACGCUAUCAAGAAAUAACAUUGUGCAAAAAAUUUUUCCUUCCGCUUAAGUAUUAUUAUAUAAAAGAACAUGCUGUGUCGCAAUCAGUUUCAUUCGCAUUUUAGAAUUCCACAAUAAUGUUAUAGUCUACUUAUUAGCGGAAAUAAAAUCUAUAUCAAUUGUGCAAAUUCGUCUGCGCACGAGAUCAUGAGACAGUUUAUCCUUCUCGCUUUUAUUAGCGCCUUUUUAACAUGGAAUAUCGCAACAUCGAAAGUCCACAGAUUUCCUUCACAUCGGGCGCGAUUAGCUAUUGGUUCGAAAAAUGAAGAAGACAAUGAGAACAAGGAGGAGAAACGAAUCGUUUGCAAAACGCAGGAAUGCAACAGCACCGCUGAAUAUUUACUAAAUAGCAUGAAUAAGUCUGUGGAUCCGUGCACCGACUUUUACGAAUACGCAUGCGGAAAUUGGCCGAAACAUUUUCCUAUCGACGAACGCUUUAAUUUGUGGAAUCCACUUUACGUGAUUCAGACCAAGAUCCAGAAAGAAAUAAAAGAAAUGUUGAAAACCGGACCGGAGAAAAGCGAUCUUUUUGCGGUGAAACUUGCAAAAACAUGGUAUCAGACAUGUGAAGACACAGACGCGAUGGACAAACAAGGUUUCGCUCCGCUAAUUGCGACUUUAUCGCGUAUAGGCGGUUGGCCGAUGAUUAUGGAACCAGACGAAUGGAAUGAACAGGAGUACAACUGGCAGAAAGUGGAUGAUCACUACAUGCGCUUGACAGGAAGAAAUUCUCUUCAUGACUUACGUGUCGAAAUGAUUUCAGAAGAAGACAUAUUAAAAGCAAGACCAGAAGUGCACGUCACUCCGCCAUCCUUACCUCCGGGUGUGUACGAAAUGGUUUCACAAACUAGAACAGAUGAAGACGAGCAGUCCGACGAGCAAGGAAAUGGUCAGAAGCUUGGAAGUGAGCCUGAUGAUGAUAAUGACGACAUGACUGAUGAUAGUAGCGAUGAUUGUGAUGAUGACGACGAGGACAGUGAUGAUGACUGGGAUGUCAUCGUCAUCUCAGAUGAUAGUAAUGAUGAUUGUGAUGAUGACGACGACGACGACGAUAGUAAUGAUGAUUGUGAUGAUUGUGAUGACGACGACGACGACGACGAUAGUAAUGAUGAUUGUGAUGAUUGUGAUGAUGACGACGACGACGACGACUACGACGACGACGAUACUGAUAGUAAUGAAAUCGACGCUAAAAAAGUCGGCAAGAAACUUUCCACCGAUAAAAAGACUCGUUCUCAAAAAAAUAAAAAAUUACGUCAAAAUAAAAAGAAAAAGAAUAAUAUACACAUUAGCAAGAAAAACAAUUAUAAGAUAAAAGGACGAAGAACAAAGAGAGGAACAAUUUCGACAAGAAAUAACAACAAACGCGCACAGCAUUUUGCUCAUCGCAGGAUACACAAUCGAAAGAUAAAACAAAAUGAGAGAAGAGACGAACGAAAAAGAACUAAAAUAGUUUUGAACAAAAAAAGAACAUCAUCGCGAGCUUCUCAAAAAAAUACGAAUAAGAUUAGAUCGAAACAAAUGCAAGUUUACUCUAGUUACAUUCUGAAAGUGGCUCGCGCUUUAGCCAAAGAAGCAAAUGUUAAAGUGUCACGGGAACGUCUCGACAACGACAUUCAGAAUGUGGUGGAAUUUCAAUUUAAAUUAAUAGAUUUGGCUAUGAAAUCUAGCGAAAACGUGAACAUGACGCUUGACGACUUCCAAGAAUGGUACGAUGAGAAAAAUUCAAAAACUGCAAACAGCGAAAUUGAUUGGACGUACAAAGUUGCAACAACAUUUUACGAAGCCGGUGUAUUGGUCGAUGAAGAUUUACAUGUGGUAGUUACUUCGCCAGAUUAUUUCGAAGCUCUUGCGUCUUUACUGGACGAAACACCGAGCAGAACAAUUGUAAAUUAUAUACACUGGAAUUUUGUGAGCAGAAUGCUUCACACGACCACGAGCGAAAUGAGGGACCUGUACAAGGCAUGGAUAAUCAAUAAUAACGCAUUCAGCAGCUUAUCCGAGUGCGACAAAGAAAUGAACAUGACUGCAAUCGUAGGAUAUGAAUAUGUGAGAAGAUACUUUUCUGAUAAAGUUAUGCAAACCGCAAAGGAUAUGUUUGAUGACAUACAAAAAGAAAUCGAAUAUCGUAUAAAAGAGGCAGAAUGGAUGGAUGAUGACACAAAGGAUUCGGUUUUAUCAAAAUUAGUACAUAUAGAAGCAACCAUAGGAUAUCCAAAGUGGUUCAAGAACGAUACUUUUGUGAAAUACUAUUUUCGAGGACUUAUUCUUAGCGAUUCGUAUUACGAGAAUACACUCAGCUUCGACAGAUACUUCAGAUGGGCAAUGCUACGUCGAGUGCAAACGACCGUCGUUCAACUUGACAAAGAGACAGAAAUAAACAAGGAAAUUCCUACGAGUGAAGUGGGCGGCAAUUAUGUGCCACAAAUUAAUUAUUUAGUUAUCCCAUCAGCAGAUUUCCGAAGUCCACUUUUUGAUCUCAAUCGACCACCGGCUAUUAAUUAUGGUUUCAUUGGAUGGAUUAUGGCUCACGAAGUUAAUCAUGGAUUUGAUAAUAGCGGACACCGUUUUGACAAAACGGGCAAGAAUAUAGAAUGGUUAUCAACAAUGGCGGAAGCGUAUGGUAAAAGAACAGAAUGUUUCGUGGAACAGUUCAAUAAUUAUCCCGUCGACAAAAUGAAUACAACGAUACCAAAUUACGGUAACCAGACGAUAAAUGACAAUAUUGCGGACACAAUGGGAUUACAAGCGGCGUACAAAGCUUAUCAGAGAAGGGAAAGAGAAUGCGAAGGCUCGAACCUCGUAUUACCAGGAUUGGAAGAACUAACCAACGAUCAACUUUUCUUUUUAUCUUCUGCCAACUUAUGGUGUGAAUCGGUAAAUCCGAUAGUCAAUGAGGUAAUGCUGGCCUCAGGUGACGAACAUAGCAGAAAUCGAUUGAGAAUAAUAGGCUCUUUAUCAAAUUCGGAAGAUUUUGCCAGAGCUUACAACUGUCCGAUUGGCAGUCCGAUGAAUCCCAAGAAAAAAUGCAAUAUCUGGAAGUGAUUGAUCAAAAUAUUGUACACCACAGUAUCAUAUACAACUAUAUGACGAAUUACGCAAAGUUUUAUAAGCGACUAAAUAAUAAUGUAUAUUGUAUCUAAUACAUGCAUUGAAUAUUACACGUCAGUAGAUAUAUCAUA